UCUCGAAGUUGUAUGCGAGCUUGACUGCUGCGCUGAUUAAACUUUCUUCUUUCUCACAUAUUCCUGUCAGCUACGUCUAGGUCCUGUUCCCGCGUUCUGUGUCACGUGUGAAGGCAGAUAGCGAGACAUGAAGAUUGGCGAUGCGGAUCUGCCACCACUAAAGAAAUACUUGGUCAAACAGUUACAACCUAUAUCGGAGGCGGACCCUACUCUACUUUCCAAUUACGUGGUAGCGCUUUUAAGGAAUCAUAAGCCUCGCAAAGAGCUCCAGAAGCUGUGCAUCGAUCAGCUCGUCGAUUUUCUUGGGAAAGAGACGAGAUCUUUCGUAUGUGGACUCUUCAGGGCGUUUGAAGAUGGAGCGAUCCCGCUGAGCACUGGUUUCUUAAACGAUGGGUCGGAGCGAAGGGAAGGAGCGAACAGAGGGGUCGGGUCUUCGGUUGCUCCCGCCCCUCUUCGGGAUAAUGUAACGGUCAUACCAGAAGCCAACAGUCGCGGCAGUGGCGAUGGAGCAGCAGCAGCAAGAGGAGGGGAAGUAGGGGGGCGGCAUGUUUCUGAGGUAAGAAGCGGAGAUCUUCUGGCAGCGGCCCGUCAGUGCAAAUUGGUUAGUUCUCUUGCGAGUGUGAGGGCCGACGAUGAUGAGAAUAGUGAGGUUGAUGAACAGUACGACCAGGAGGAAGAGAGAGAGGAGGAUGAGGAUCGAAACCACAAGCACAGGAGAAGAGGACCUGGCAGCGGAGGAGGAGGAGGAGAAGCAAUUAGAGAUAGCGGUGUCUUUCAGGAAAAUCCAGUAGCGGGGUCAGGAGGAGCAGGCUGCAGGUUGAUUCCAGAAGACCGAGGUACUUAUCCGAGGAGGGGGGGGAGAGGAGAGCACGCAGGAGGAAGAGUAAGUUUGAGAGAGGUAGGUUGUGAGAGUAGUGCCUAUCAUAUUGCAACUGGAGCCGGGGGGGGGGUUGAUCAUAGCCGAUUGGCCGGGAUCUCAGGAGGGGGGCCACAUGAAGGUCAUGCGCCCCAGCUUCCAACUUUUGGCGAAAGAUUGCCGGCGGGGGAACCCCCGGGGCCGAAGUAUGUGGGAGCUGCUGCGGUGAGAAUGGAAAGAGGAGGGAUGGCAGGAGGAAGCGGAGGAGAAGGGGCAGAAGGGGGUGUAGGGGUGCACAGUGGGGACCGUGGCUCUCUGCUUCUGAUGCACGGAGGGGGAGAAUUCCCGGGGCGGGGAGAAGAGGGAGGAGGAGGAUUUUAUGGGACUGAUAUGGUUUUCAUGGGCAAACGGGGAGGGGCGGGUGGAGGAGCGAGCGCAUGGGCCUCUCCUUUGGGCUCUGGAAUGCUGUUUCGGGGUGGGACUUGCGCUGCCGGCAGCAUUGGAACGCAUGAUAGUGUAUUCGCAAUGGGUGGAGGACAAGGUCCCAUUUCUCGGCUAGAGCAUCCCCCUGUCUGGUGCAGUGGUGGGUCGAUGAAAGUAAGCAGCAGCGACGGCAUGACGAGGAGAGGAGGAAGGGGGAGCUGUAUCAGGGCGGAUGGAUGGCAUGGAAUAGGCAGCGGUGAUGUGGAAGGAGGAGGACCCUCGCCUGCUGAUCCUAGCGAUCGAUUUCUGCCCAAUCAGCAUUUCGCUGAUCGAACCUCAGAACUCGGUGCACCUAUCCGUGCAUCAGUAGUACGCAUGACGGGCCAAUUCUGUGGAGGAAAGGGGUUCGGAAGGCGAGCUUUACAACCUCCUUUGCCACCCGCGACACGACAGCAGCAGCAGCAGGACGGGAAGUGGGUUGGACCACUGGGCUUCUCUCCUGGGGGGAUGGGAGGAAACCCAGGUGGAGGUGGGGGAGGAGCAGGGGCGUUAAAGAUGGUGCUUGAUCAUGGUCAAGCGUCCCCCCUCCCACCAUCAGCUGCCUCGACGCUUCGACCAGUUUCGAACCCAGGUCCGUUCGCAAUCCGCGGAGCUGGAGCAGUAGCGAGAGGAAGAGGAACGGUGGUGAGAGACAUCGGAACUAGCAUGGGCAGGCCACGUUGCCCCGAUUUCGAGGAGAGGGGUUUCUGUCUACGUGGCAAUCUCUGUCCGUUGGAUCAUGGAAAUGACCGUAUUGUCAUUGAUGAUGUCAAGGCCUACAACACACUUACACCUUGCCGAGAAGAAUUAGGCAAAAAAACAGGCAAGGGCGUGGAGAGCAGCAUAAGAGUACGGGAAGGAGGGAUUAGGGGUUGGAGCAGUCUUCCAGGCAUAUAGAUAGGGCAGGAACGAGAUGAAUGAUGCGGUUGAUGUCAGGGCGAAUCAAAUGCAGAAGCCUCC